AUGACGGCGGCGUGGCGGGCGGAUGAUGCGCUCCUGACAGAGGGGCUGGACGCGUCUCUCGGAGCUGCGCUAGGCAGAAGAUCAGCGGAGCGGAGGAAGGGCGGCCCCGGGCCGGGGCAGCGUUUCUCGGCGCCCGUCAGGCUGCAGCCGGGGCUGCCCUCCGCCCUCCCAGCCCGGUGCUCGGUGUGUGUCGCUGCCCGGGCGGGGAGCCCAGCGGGGCCCGGCGGGGGCCGGUCCGGGCGGGGGGCGGUGCCUGGCCGGGGCGGCGGGCGGGACGCGCCGAGCGGGGCCGUGCCCAGCGGAGCCGAGCGGAGCGGGCGGCGGCGGCCUGGCGGAGCGGCGCGGUGUGGACCCGGCCGGGCAGGCAGGUACAGGCCGAGCGGGGCGGGCGGAGGCGGCGGCAGCGCAGACAAAGAGCGGCCGGUAGCGCGGGCCGGGACCCGGCGGGCCUUGCCCCGCCGGCGGGCCGGGCUGGGGCGGGGGGAGCCGGGCCCCGCCGCCCUUCUCUUCCGCGCCAGCGCUGGGCGCAGCGGCUGCCUUCGCAGUGUGCUCGGUGCCCGUUGGGAGGAGCUGGCCGGGCCUGCCCGGGGGUCCGGCGGGGCCUGCCCGGGACCCGCCGAGUCAGGGGUCAGGCGCAGAGCCCACCGAGCCCCGAGCAGCUCCUUGGGGCCUCACGUUGCUCCCCCGCACCGCUAUCUUUCUACCGUCCCCAUUCCGGUGCUCAGCACACGGAGGCGAAGCCGUGCGAGGUGCCCGGGGGUGCCCUCGCCCCAGGGAUGCCACCGCAUUCUCCCCUCGGUGUCCGUGCUGCGGGUCCGGACUGUGGCUGGAAAAGUCGAGGCCGAGCCGCGGCGCAGGCAGCGGGGUGUGGGGUGCGAGGCCUAA